AACCACACGCUCAGACUGGGACAAACGGUGAGAAAUAUGAAGAUGGAAGGAAGGCUUGGCAAUGCCAUUGAUAUUUUUUUCUUAUGAUGUUUAGAAACAAACUAUACCAGAAAUCAUAGCAGAGAAUUGAAUCUGAAGUUCUGAACAGCUAAAUAUGGACAGCAUGAGUUUAAUUGUCCUAAACGGCGUCGUGAAUAUAUAAAGGCAGAAUCUUUAAGGUUGAUAUACAGCUGAUCUGCUGAUAUUUUGAUGGUAUGAAUCAAGGUCUGAAAUGAAAAUAUAUUCCUUGAGAUUGCAGUGAUAUUUUAUGAGGGAUUGGUUAAACACAACCUUCGUUAAUUCCAUCCCUGCAAGACCCAUUUUCGUAAAUUCAUAAUCGGAAAGCAACCUUCGACUCAGAGGGAGAUAUUCCCCAUAAAAAGCAAAGAAAGCCGCUUUCUUGUGGACUCAAAGGUCUUUUUUUUUCUCGGCUUCGGAGUCGAAGGUCUUGCAACUCGGAGUCGAAGGAAGUAAUGGCAGAAAAAGGAGGAGGAGAACUGGGUACCGUACUAGAGGAGGACGCGGGAGAAGACAGAGAUGAAGAACAAGAAGAGGAAGUGAAAAAGCUUGUGCGAACUUACCUGGGGCUCAGCUUCUCAGUGUCGCUGGCAUUGAUUCCCAAUAAGGCAAUGUCCCUGGUACCGGCCCUAGAAAACCAAGUCCGGGAACUCUCUUUGAGACUCCUGCAAGCGGAGGAGCAGCUGAGGCAGAUGAAGUCCCGGAGAAAGGAGGACUCCAAGGCCAAUGCCCGGGUGGUGGAGAUCUUUGCGAGCCACCGGAACGCGUGGCAGGCGGAGGAGAGGCGGCUUCUUCAGGGGAUCGAGGAGCUGAGGGAGAGGGUGGCGGAGCUGGAGAAGAGGGAGGCAGAGUACAAGGCGCGGGUGGAGGAGCUGGAGAAGGAGGUGGGCGAGAGGGAUGAAAUAAUUAGCUUCAUGUCCAGGACUAGCAGGGUUGAUCAUCACGAGUUUGGGGAGGAAGAGGAAGACAGUUCGGUUGAAGUGAACUUUGUUUAUGAGCGUCCGGAACCACAUCCGCAGCUUAAUCAUCAUCAGAAGAAUGUAUUUGAUUCUGAGUUGUUGGCGUCCUCUGCUUCCAAGUUUUGGGCGGAAAGAGCUGGCCUCUGUCAGGACCUACCGUAUGAAUCUCACGAAUCAUUGUAUCAUAUGAAGCAUUUUGUACCAAGAAGGGAAUCCCCUUGGAAGGUAGACGGUGAAUCAACUGGAGUUGCCUCUAAACUAAAGUUACUUGAACGGGAACUCAUGAAUUUGGUAAGCGUGGGUAACAGUGAUCUAUCAAAAGUACCAACACUAAUCAGGAAGCAAGCAAAGAGAUGUCAAGCUCUUGCAGGGAAGAUUGAUGAUCUUUGCAGAAGCAUGCAGGCUAGUGAUCCCAGUGAACCGACCCUUACUCCAGAGUUUCGAACGCAAAGGCAAACAGAGUUUUUACUCGAGGCAUUUAGACUUCAGCAGCGUGCAUCAGAAACUGGACAGAAGCUCAUGGCAUUACGAACUGAAGUUGGGAAGAGUUACCAUGGAGAUGAGGUGGGGAGCCAGGCCAAACUGACAACAAGGAGAUCUCUAGACUCGAUCAUAAACAACUUGAAAGAAAUCCAGAGGAAUUUGGAGAUAUGGCUGGCCAGAAUUAUAGGAGAUCUUGAAGGGAUUCUGGCAAGAGAUGGCGCUUCUCGUGUAAGGGAUUAUUAUAUGUCAAGGUAUCCUUUUGUUCAAUAGAAUAUUCAAGCCAUCUUGAUCCACAAAAAAUAUAUGCAUAUGCUCUUUUGGUAUCAUACUUUCUAAGCAAUAAAAUGGCAGUUAGAUGUCUCCUGUA